ACAGAGUCGAGUAGCCCAUACAGCGGGAGCUACCCUGGUCCUGACUCCGGCGCUCACAGUCCUGAUGCCUGUCACUACCAGCCGGCCGCACAACGGUUCCGAUUUAACGAACAGAGAAUCAAACUCUUAACUUCAAUAAAUCAAAUAGUACAGCAACGAGCUGACCUUGAAAAUAACCGCGCGACGCUCACUGGCCUUCUAGAAGAACUGAAAAGAAAGCUCAAGAGAAGAGUAGAAGAAUGUCAUCUAGAAAAGAAGGAGAAAAUGAAGGCUUUGAAAAACGCAAAUCAAAGACUGGAAAAGGAGAAAUUCAGCAUAAUAUCUGAGAUAGAGCAUUUGAAGCGACACCUGGAGAGAGAAGAGGCUCACCACGUGCAGCACGCAAGGAACGCUGUCGCACAGGCUAUUCAGGGCGUUACCAAGAUGCCACCAGAACAGCUGUUCACGCCGUGUUCCGUGACGGAAUUGCCUAACAUCGUCAGUCGGAAUGUAGCGAAAAAUGCUCCAUCCAAAAUAGCAGAUAAUAAAUUAGCGGCUGCAAGAUUGAUGCGUGAUAUCGCUGAUUUGAGACAGCGAGUCGCUCAAGUGGAGGCCAGAUUGGCUAACGAAUUAAAGCGUAAACGGCAGGCUGAGAACGACAUUAUUCGACUGAGAAAAGAACUUUCGUCUACCAAAAGUUCUGUAGCGGCUCUUCGCAUCGCGCCCCAACCAGCGAGAAAGACAUGCUCCAAGUUUGCCUAAACUGGCUGUUAAG